UUUGCCUCUUUGUUUCCUCACCUGUGCACCUGCACUGAGUGUUUGUUGGUGUCUGCCUGUGUCUUUUGACCACUCUCCUUCCAACCUUUACAUUUGCAGGCAGCUGCAGGACACCACAGUGACCGCAGCACCACCUCCUGUUCUCCAGUGCAGAAGAAGGUCCACACACUGAAGGUUGCCUGAAAAUCAUGGAGGACCAAGAAGCAUAUGAUUACAGGCCAAGAAGAUGUACUGCCAGUUUUCAGUCUCAGCCAGACUUUGAGUCAAGCUUGCAGUUUGAUCAACCAGUUUACAGCGGUGCUUCUAUGCUGAGCCCUCUCAAGAACGAUGCAUAUGCCUGUGGAGACUAUGACCAGGCUGAAGAGGUGUCACUUUCUCAAGAGAGUGACAGAUUCAGAAUAGGGAAGGCCUCCAGCCCCAAACCGAAGGAUCGACUUGGUUCCUGCGACUUCCAGUUGGAAGAUGAGGAUGAAGUCUCAGAUGAUGAGCCAACUGUCUUCUCCCUCCCUGGUAUGUCAUCUGGUGAAAGCGUAACCCUGGAAGAAGAGAUCAUCUUGGACCAGAUCGAAGACAAUUGCACAAAGCCUGAAGUCUGGCAAAGUGAGUGGCACAAGAAACACAUGGCAGCAAUAAGUAGUGAGAAGUUUGACAGCCUCCUGAAGAUGUUUCCGGAAUUCCAAGACUGCAAGAGCUACAUGGCGGCAUUCGUUUUAAUUAGGGUUUCCUCUACAGAAGUGUUGGAUACUGCAGGUCAACCCUGUGAGCAUUACAAGGUGGUGGCAGUGGGAGCUGGACGUUCAGGCUCCACCGAGUGGCUUGGCUACAAUGGGACGAUGGUCCAUGACUGCCACGCCAUUGUCAUCACCAGGCGUGCUCUCCUAAGGUUUCUGUACAAGCAGGUUCUUCUCUUCUUUGAUGCUGAUCCAAAUGCCAAGGAGAACUGCAUUUUUGAGAGCAGUGCAGACAGCCAUCAGCUUCAGCUCAAACCCAAGAUCAGCCUGCACCUCUACACCAAUCAGUGUCCCGACGGAUCCGCUAAGGACUUCUGCUUCAAGGGCUCUGUGAACAACUCUUGGACGACAUUGAAGCUGCUGUAUCACGCCAAAGGCCAGCUGGUCCCUAUAGUCUACCUUGAACCGAGUAUCUGGGGCGCCAAAGUCUGCUGCAUGUCCGGAAGUGACAAGCUGUGUCGCUGGUCUUUCACUGGGGUUCAGGGUGCAUUACUGAGCCACUUCAUUCAGCCUCUCUACAUCACCAGCAUGGUGCUCGGCGGCCAGAAGCUCAUUAACGAAGAGGUGUCUGAUGUCACCAAUGUGGAUGGUGAUAAAUGGGAGGAGUUUCUGCCGCCACCCUACAAGAAACACAACAUGGUCUGCCUCUGUGGCGACUACGUGGGGCCUGUUGUGACCUUGUCCCAGAACGACAACCUCAGCAUCAAUUGGUGCCUUGGUGACAAGGAUAUUGAAGUUCUGGACAGUCGCAAGGGCUACAUUGUUGAAGGCUCUCCCUGUAUGAGUGGGCCUGGCUUUUCCAGCAGGCUCUGCAAGAGAGCGUUCUACAAUUACUUCCUAGGAGUUGCAGAGCUGAGCGGGCAAAGCUAUCUGCUGGAGUUUCCCACCUACCACAGCGCCAAGGUGGAAGCCGAAGUCUACCAGACGGUCAAAAAUCUUGUCAAGCAACAGUUUGCAAACAUCAACGUAGGUCCGUGGAAUUCAAAAGAGAUGGUGGAUUGCUUUCAUGCUUGAACUCUUUUUUUCUUCUUCAUCCAGAAGCUUGCCAUGUUGAAGUUUAUCCAAGUUCCUCUCGAGAUUUUGUUCAGUGUUGUUCUGGAGUCAAAACAUCCUUUAAAGUUAUUUUAUAUAUAUUUUUAUGUAGAGCGUUGGUGUUGUUUUCUGUUUGUGUAGGUGUGA